UUCAGGAUAAUGUUUCUAAGAAUCUUUAAUUUGUUAUGUAACUUGUAAAGAAGGAAAUAGAAUCAGUGAAACUGAAGCAAGUGUAUUCACCAUAAAAUGGAUUUUUCCAAGACAUUUAGAUGCCAAUAUUGAAUUGUUGCAAAGGAGUAUUGAUCAUUACCAAUACGAAUUACCGCCAUUUCAUAACGUUCGGUUGUUGAAAGACUCACGUUGAGUUCGGAGGAUGUCCAUUGUCUGUUGAGGAAGUGAGUGCUGGAGCCAGUGUGUGAAAUGGUGAAUUUUCUUUGAAUUGCUGAAAGAAACACAAUAUUUUAACUCAGAAUGUUAUUGGCGUUGAAGAAUUUUGUGGAUCGCUGUUACAACAGUUUAGUAAACAGAUACAGUCUCUGAAAAUGGUGAAAACUAGGAGUGGUGAUACAAGUCAGUAUUUGGAUACAGAGAUGCCAGUAAAAAAUUCUGUGGUCGUAAAAGAAGACGACGAUGGGAGUGAUAACAGUGACCAUGGAUCCAAUAAGGAUGAUUCCUAUCCUCAACAGUCCCCUUGUUGGAGCCGAGAAUUACGAAAUCGCUUUGUUUUUAGUACUAAAGAUCGUACACGUAAUUCUGGAGACUGUAAUGUGCAUCCCAGAUAUGGAAAACAAGGAAUUCGUUCAAGGCGCCAUAUUAGAUGUGGAGCACCUCUGACUUUAAGUGAAAGAAAUUCAGUUUACAGAGAUGGUAUGGUUGAAGAUUUAGAUGACAGUGAUUCAUUUGAUCAUCCAGAAGAUGACGACGAUGAUGAUGAUGAUGAUGACAUUUUUAGCCCUUGUCGCAAAAGAGUAAGGACUUGCCGCCAACGCCAGUCCUAUAGGACCCACCUUCGAAGUUCACGCACGUCUUCAAGAAGAGAGCAUAGGAGCAGUAGUAAAUUAAAUGGUCAUGACAGCAGGAUUGAAAAACAAGGUGAUGAUGCACAAGAAGCUGAAGGUGUUAGGCGCAGUACUAGACAACGAAAACUUCUUUAUGAUAACUUCAAUACGAGUUGGAUACUUGGAACUCAGACUCUGAGAGGCUACCCAAUGUUCUUGCCAGACAAGGAAGAAGUGGAGAAAGGCUGCACAGAGGGCAGUUCUCGUACACAAGAGCGGGUUGAAGAAGAGGAGGGAGACACCAGCAAAGAGACGUGCAAGAAAAAGAGACAACCAUUGGUAGAAAUGCCUGCUGCUGUAGAUGAUAAUUUUGAAGAUAUGUACUCAAGAGUGAAACGGCCAAGGCGAACAACUCGCAGAUUGAUGUAUCCUCAGCAGCAGCCUGCACCAAGAUCUCGCAAAAUUAAUGAAGAUAGUGAUGAUGCAAGUGACUCACAAAGCAGUCAGACUUCGUCAGACUCUGAAGAAGAAGUGGAAGUGCGGAGGGAAAAAUACCACCUCCGAAAGACAAAACCGACUGUGCAGAGGUUCCAGGUGAAUGUUGAUCCACCACGGCGAUCGUCCCGAAUCUUCCGUACAGUUUUAUCGUCUGUCAGACGAAGACGACACCGCGAUGACAGUUCAUCGAGCAGCAGUGAAGAAGAAAGAUUUGACAGGAAAAAAGUGAAGGGCCACGGCAAAAGCAGGACACGUUGCCUUCCCAUAAACAUACAUACAAAUGAUCUUCCUGUGAGUAGUAGGCCACACGAAGCCAGCAAAAAACUCGCCGAUGUUAAUCCCGUCGUGUUAGAUACGAGCAUACGCUUUGAGGACGUUGGUGGCUUGGAAGAGCAUAUACGUUGUCUAAAAGAGAUGGUAGUUUUCCCAAUGUUAUACAAAGAAGUGUUUGAUCGCUUCAGUAUAAGGCCACCGAAAGGAGUUCUUUUCCACGGUGCUCCCGGGACAGGAAAAACCUUAAUCGCUCGGGCGCUUGCAAAUGAAUGUUGUCAGGGUGAUAGAAAAGUAUCAUUUUUCAUGCGUAAAGGAGCAGAUUGUCUUAAUAAGUGGGUAGGAGAAUCAGAAAGACAAUUGCGUCUUUUGUUUGAACAGGCAUACGAGAUGCGUCCGUCCAUAAUCUUCUUUGAUGAAAUUGAUGGUUUGGCACCAGUUCGUUCUUCUAAACAAGAUCAGAUACACGCUAGUAUAGUGUCGACACUACUUGCCCUCAUGGAUGGCCUAGAUAACCGGGGUGAUGUUAUUGUCAUUGGUGCAACUAAUCGAAUUGAUGCAAUUGACCCUGCUUUGAGGCGGCCUGGUCGCUUUGAUCGGGAGCUCUACUUCCCUCUACCAGCUAAGAAGGAAAGGCAGGAAAUUUUGCGCAUCCAUGUCAGCCGUUGGCAGGAACCACCUCCACCAUCUUUAUUAGUUUCAAUGGCAGAACAGGCAGUUGGUUAUUGUGGCUCGGACUUACAAGCUCUGUGCUCUGAAGCUGUAAUCCAAAGCUUAAGGCGGAGAUAUCCCCAGAUUUACAAUUCGAGGCAAAAAUUGCUGGUUGAUCCCAAAGCAGUGAAGGUGGAUAAAUUAGAUUUUCUGCGAGCAAAAAAGUACAUAGUGCCUGCAGCACAUCGUGUUGCACCAUGUGUUGGACGAAAACUAUCACAGCUAGUUGAACCACUGCUGAAGGAUUUACUUGGUGAAGCGAUUGACAUUCUGAGACUGUCAUUUCCUCACAGCACAUCUCGGAAUGUUAUUGGCACUGGUGGCAUCCAUCGGCCUCAACUGCUGCUUGUAGGGGAUUCUGCAGCACACGGUCAGACAACCCAUCUUGGUCCAGCCUUGUUGCAUCACAUGGAACAUUUGCCAGUACACACACUUGAUCUGGCUAAGCUCUUCGGUGUGUCAGGAUGCACUCCAGAGGAGGCAUGUAUUCAGGUUUUCCAGGAAGCUCGCCGAAAUACUCCGUCCGUCAUAUAUGUACCUGGAAUAUCUCAGUGGUGGUCUCUUGUUGCUGAAACUCUGCAGGCUGUAUUUUUAUCAAAUUUGCGUUUGCUUAAUCCAAGCAUUCCAAUUUUAUUGCUUGCUACAUCAGAUGUACCAUAUAAAAACUUACCACAUCAGGUGAAGGAGUUAUUCAGUGACUAUCGUGGAGAAGUAAUUAAAGUUGGUAAACCAAACGCUGCCAAACGAAGAGCGUUCUUUGCACCCAUUUUUACUGUUGUUCCAUUAAGGCACCCAAAGCCUAGGAGAAAAGCAGCUGCCCCACUUCCUGAACUGCCAGUAGCACCACCACCUGAACCACGUAAACUUUCAGAAGAAGAACAGAAGGCACUAUAUGAGAAGGAGGAAGGCACAUUAAGGGAAUUGCGCAUAUUUCUGAGAGAGAUAUGUGCCAAACUUGCUCGUAACCGCCAGUUCUACAUGUUUACAAAACCAGUAGACAUAGAAGAAGUUCCCGACUAUCUUGCUAUCAUCAAGCAACCUAUGGACUUGGAGACAAUGAUGACAAAAAUAGACCUACAUCGUUACUCCUGUGCUCAAGAUUUUCUAGAUGACAUUGAUCUUCUUUGCAGGAAUGCUUUGGAAUACAACCCUGACAGGGAGCCUGCCGACAAACUUAUAAGACAUCGUGCUUGUUCUCUGAGAGAUACUGCGUAUACAUUGAUAAAAGCCCAAAUGGAUUCGGAUUUUGAGGAGCAGUGUAAAGUUAUAGCAAAAGCGAGAAGAGAGAGGGCAGAAUCUCCAUCACGAUUUGCACCUGAGUUUGUGCUCACCACAAAUGAACAAACUUCAAGUAAAGAAAAUAGCCCAAAAUUAGCAAGUACACCAGUUAAAGACUCAAUGACUUCUACCGAUACAAGUGGAGGAAAUGGUUCAAAUGAAAUAACAGGUUUCCCCAAGAGUCAUUGGAAGUUCAACAGUGAUUCAUGCCUUUCAAAAAAGCGUCGUCGAUCUGCUUGGUCAAGGGGCCUACUGAGACAUAGCUCUGGCAAAAAGAAGAAGCAUUGUGUUCGUCAUGUGCUGUCUUUGAGUCCAAAUGCUGGAAACAAUAAUUCUAAUUCAGCAUCCACGAAACUGGAUGCUGAUAAUAUUGCGAAAGAAAGAGUAAGCAAUGGUCCAUUGAAUAUUAAGGUUGAAGGAGGCAAAAAAAUAAAUGGAGAAAAUGAACCACUUCACUUGGAGGGGAAAAGGAAAUCAAAAGAUGAUUUAGAUUGUGCCUCAGUAACAAAAUUAGCAGAGUCAGCUAUAUAUAGUGUCUGUCAGACCAACAUGGAUGCACAUGCUGAUGAGACAUUGAUCAACUACGAUAAUGGGAGUCAAGAUGAUGCAGAUGCAGGUCAUGAAUUGGAUAUUUCUGCUGAUCAGGAGCAGUUGAAUGACACAGUAUGUGAGAGGAAUCCUUUGACAUUGGACAAGGAUAGAUUAGAAUCAUUACUACAUAAAGCAGUACUAAUAACUGAGCCUUGUGCUGCAGAAACAUUGCUUGAGCUGUAUGCUCAACUGCGGAAAUGUGUAUUGAAAUAUAGCAAUCAAUGGGACAGAAGACAGCUACCUCAGGAUUUGGAUGUGGAGCUUAGGAGAUUUCAAGAACAUUACUCCCAAUUACUGUAACUGCCAGUUGGUAUGCUCAAACAUAUUUUGUAUGAAAUAGAAGUUAUAGAUACAAUACAUAAUGCUGUUAUUUUUGACUUCCAUUCAUAUGUUUGCUCAUAUUAUAUUUGGAUAACAAAAAAAUCAUACAUUUUGGUAAUGUCGUUGUAUAUGUUCUGUAAUUUAUUGACUUCCAUAAGUGGUUUGGUUGUUGUAAAUUAGUAUGCCACAAUAAGCAUUGUAAAUAAGGUACCGUGUGUGUGUGUGUGUGUGUGUGUGUGUGUGUGUGUGUGUGUGUGUGUGUGUGUGUGAAAGAGAGGAGGGAGAGAGAGAGAGAGAGAGAGAGAGAGAGAGAGUGAGUGAGUGAGUGAUCACUCCCACAAGUGUGGGUUUUAUAUAUGGGAGAGAAAGAUGUCAUUGUUUGUGCUAACAGAUGCUGGACACUUCCAGAGUUUUUUGUUAAUACUGAGUAAGACAACAGUGUUCAAUAAUUUAUUUUUAUUAAAUAUGCACUAAAUUUUGUAGACUUCAGUGUAACAGGGUUUCCCAAAUAAUAAAGCACCGCCAGUUGUUGAAUCUCAGGGAAAAUGACUGCCAGAAUUGUAGAUAAGUUAAAUAUUACAGUGUUCACCAUGUAAUGUGAUUUUAAAAUAGGUACACUUCAUUGGUCUAGUUGUAUAAAUGACAGGCGUCUUUUAAUGACAGGUUUAUGUUUCAGUUGUGCUUACAUAAAAAAAAGAUGAAAUUGUACGCAUUCUUAAUUAUUUUUAUUCACAAGUAGUAGUUAUUGUUCUUUGUAUACAAAACAGACUGGCAGUAAAUUAAACUGCUUUCCUGAUUGCCUCUGUUCAAAGUUGACUUUAGUGCUUGCUUCAAAUUUAAUAAAAGUUACCUGUUAUCUUCUAUUGUACACAUUUUAUGAAAUUUAAUUUUGUCCACUCUUUGUGCAUUUUACAUUUGUCUGCUACGCCAGAUGAUAAGAAAACACUUGCAGUACAGGCAAUAAAUAAGAUAAACUAAAAUUUAUUAUUUUCACAAAUGUCGUUAUUAUUACCUAGAUGUCAGCUUGUUAUUUGUAGGUUCAUUCUCUUGAGUACUUCUACUUUUAUUGUUUAUAUUACUGCGAAGGGCAGUUGCCUUGUGUUUUGUGAUUUUUAAGAGUACUUAGGCAGUGCUCAGAGCAAGACUGUAAGUAUCUGAUUUCUCAGUGGGGAGUCUGACACAUGGAAAACUACACAUGCGAUUUUAAUAUUGACUGUGGAAGAAUUAUUAAACAUGAAUAUUAAGAACAUUUAUACUAGAAGUAGAAAAGUUAAGGGAAGAAAAAUUAUGUUACUGUUCGGGCAGACGAUUUUCAUGUAACGCCUGCCAGCUAAAACUACUGUGAUGAGGCAGUGACUAAUAGUAUUUGCAUUAAUAAAAAUGGUGGUUGUUGUUGUUCUCGUGUGGACAGGACAACAGAAGAUACGUCACUUGCAGUAUUCAAAACUGUCCCGUUUAAAUAUUAAAUUAAGUAGUUAAAUACCAAAUAGCUGUAUAGUGUCAAAUUUUAUUUGCCCUCUACAUGUGCAAACAUUUUUGCUCUCCUGAGACACUCUAGUGAAAGAUGUUUUCAGGAAGAUGUAAAGGUAAACAUUAAAUAAAUAACACAACCAAAGCUCACAUUUCAUACAAGAAAGAAUGUGGUACAGUGUGAUUUGAGAAAAAUCGUGUGGGACUGUUCCCUGUAGUUAAGUUUGCUCGUCUUGUAUAAUUAUCACUGUAAUUGCAGUGCACGUGUGUCAAGAAGUUUACUGUGCAGGAACACAAGCCAUCAGGUGUACAUAACUAACUGAACUGUAGUCAUAGAAUAUUCAAAGAAACUGCUGGUUAAUCAUUUUCUGAUGUGGGGGACCACAUCACUUCUGUUUUAAUCAUGUAGGUUCUUUAUUUUAAUGUACAAAAAAUGACAUUUAUAAAAUAAUCAUGAAGAUCUUGGAUGAACAUUUCACUGAAGUAUAUCCUAGUGUAAAAUGUUCUGACAGCUUAAAAUUGUGCAAAAACGGAAAACUGUUCACUGCUGUAUAAGAAAAUAUUAAUUGUAGAAAUAAUCUUAAAAAUUUUGUACAGCCAUUCUCCACAAUGUAUUGGCCUGUGUGCAAGUGAACAUUGAGGAAUGUGGUACCAGCUGAUUGGGGCUCUAAAGUUAAUCUUUAAUCAGGCCUAGAUAGCUUUAUUGUAAAAAGCAUUGCCCGUGAAAAACAAUAGUAUCAGGUUUGGUCUUCCACACCGUUUGUCUGUGAAGCAUACUGAACGAAACAUAGAAAAGCAUAUGAAACAGGAGACACAGAACAAAAUAACAAUAUCAUUUUAUCGCAAAUUCCAGCUGAUAUGUCAGAAGAUCUGUUUCCUUCGGGUGUGAGAAAAAAUAACAUUCAUUUUUUAUACAUACACUCAAGUACUGGAAAGAGAGGUAAGCUUCAUCAGAACAACUACCACUCAAACUGAAGUGACAAGACAAUAGGAUAUAGAGCAUAAUCAAAACAGUGUGCUAAGCAGGCUCAAUUCUAUUCUUUUCACAUAUUCAUGUAAAUGAAAAUAUCGACCAGUACAUAAACACAGUAUAUUAAAUCUGAGUCCACCAGUUAUUCUGUAAUAGAAUACAGGGAAAAAACUAAGCAGCCUUCAGACAGUUAAAAUGUAACACAUUGGAAAAACUCGUUAGGAUAGACAAUUUAUUUGGUAUUCACAUAAACCACCUCCAUAUGCUCUUAAAUUCUGAUAUCAACUGUGGCCCUGCACUCCCACAACAGAAGUGGUUUUAUGUAUAGUUUUUCAGAUGUUGCUACCAGUAGAAACAAAAAAGGAAUUCUUAAUGUUUUUAUUGCUUUUUGCGUGGUGUCCUGAAGAAAAGUAAGUCCAUUUAAAUUAUUAUAAUUAUAUUAAGCAUCAAUUUAGGAUUCGCAGGAAGUGAAAGGACUCUGUGCCUGUUAUCGGGACGCUGAAAGAGUAUAUUACACACACUUCAGCAUUUUCAUGGUAGAUAAUCACCAGUUUACAUGAGUGUGACUCAUGAGACUAUACAGAGCAAUAUUUAUAUAUGUGGCAAGCAAUUUGAAUCUGUAUUUGGGUGUGAGCAUUUCAUCUUCCAUUUGCCUGAAACAGCCUGAGAGCUAAUAAAUAAAAAUUUGGCAAAAAACGACGUAUAGGCUUUGAAUACUGCAAUUUUUUCAUAAACUGCUGUGACUGAUUUUGUGGUAAAAGAACAGCUUACAUUGUUAUAAGCAGAUUUCUUUUAACCAAUGUAUAUAAAUGUAUCUUAGUCUGUGAAUGAAUUAUUGUUCCUGCAAAAUGUAGGAACAUGGUUCAAAUGUCAGUUACACUGUAUUUGGAUAACUAUUUUGGACAGAACGCUUUAUACACAUUUUUCUUGUAAAACAUACAGUCAACUAAUUGGGAAACCCUGGGAAUUAUAACCCCAUCAUAAUUGUAAUUAUAUGUGAUGUUUUCUGAAAGUGUAUGUGAUGGUUGUGUAAAUGUAAAAAUGUGAAAGCUAACUCUAGUGUUACGAUAUUGAGAAGCACCAAGAGUUCAUUUAUGUCAGAUAUUAUAGCAAUAUUUACCUUACUUUAUGUACGAAAGAAUACUGUGCAACCAGUUUUUCUGUAGCCUUACUUGUUGCCUUUGAAUGUGUUUGAACUCACUUUGUGGCAUGGAGAAUGGACAUGGAAAUUAUUAGUGGAUGAAGACAUGUGCCUUUGUAUGAUAACUUUCUUAUUACUUUCAGUUAAAUAUGUUGUUACCAUAUCUUGCAAGUGUGUGAAGAACUGUAAAAGUAUCACUCUACAAUUUGUUCUAAGUCACAGAGACCAGUACUUGGUAAGUUGGAUUAGAGAGCACUUAAAUUAACAAAACUUAAAUCAACUGACUACCUAUGUUUCACGAUCGAUUUGUUUUCCUCAGAGUGGUUCAUAUUGACAAUUGUAGACAGACGUAUUUCAGUUUAGCACUUUUUUUUUUACCAAUAAAACUUACAAAAAUUGUUUUGGAGACUGAAGACUUUAUUUUUAAACCAUUGAUGAAUAUAAUAGUAACUAUUCCUCAGUCACAAUUACGUUAGUUGUUUGAUCACUAUUUUUGAGAUGAAGCAUCAAAAGAAAUUAAAUAUUGCUUAGUUCAUUGUGCCUACAGUAAUCUAUCUGUUGUGUAAUAUGAGGAGGAGGUUAAUCACAUAUUUCUCUCUUCCAAGUAUGCUCUAAUUAGGCUGUUUCCAGGGUGCCUCUUUCCUCCUCCUCCUCCUCCUCCUCCUCCUCCUCCCCUCCCUCCCCUCCCCAUCCCCAAAAUCUCUCUCUCUCUCUCUCUCUCUCUCUCUCUCUCUCUCUCUCUCUCUCUCUCUCUCGCUGAAAAAUAUUACUGAUUUUUCAAAAAGGUGUUUUUUUGUCAUGGAAAAAGUAACUGGAGUCAAUCCACUUGGCUUAUUUUAGAAGUAUUUUUGUCUUUCACACCCACGAAUGACUUUGUUAUACUUCUGAAAGAAAAAUCUCAAGGCUUUUUUAGAAAUAAAAUGGGGGAAGGAGGUAUGGGGUAUUUCGUGUAGAAAACUAAUUACUUGGGGAAAAUUGAUGAAACACAAGUUACUUUGUUAUAUGAUUGCAUGCAUGUGAUAUCUGAAUUUAUAGCUUCCAUGCCAAAUAUUUCCAAACAAGGCUUUUUGAUGGCUAGUCCAUUUUUUCCUCAAUUUUCUGCUUAUUUUGAUAGUGUUAUAAUUACUAGUAGAAAAUUGACAAAAAAUUUUACAAUUUAUCACUCAUCUCUGAACUGUCUGCUAUUCUUCAAUAGAUGAUUUACAUUAUCAAUAAGUGACUAAUAUUGAUUGUGUAGUUAACAUUAUGAAAGACUGAAAGUUGAUUUAGAAAGCUACUGGAUUUUUACACCAAAUUGGUAUUAAGCUAUUCAGUUCUUCCUUUGAGAAUGUUCAAGAGAAAGGUAACACAAUCAACAAAUACUUUUGCAUUUGAGAUAAAUCAAUAGUGUAUUGGUUUAUUUAUAACAUGUACCUGUUUACUCACUGUGUUCUGCUGUGAUUGAUCCUUCACUAUUUCAAUAAUGUCUAAAUAAUCCAUGCUGCAUUACAUGAUCUCUUAAUUAGGGUAAGCAGUUAAUUUUAAAAAUGUAUAAAAUAAAAAUGAAGACAUGUAGUACUAUUAAGACUUGAAUAACUGUAUGAUUUAUGCCAAAAAAAAAACGAGGUGUGAUAAAAUGUAAAGUAUAUAUUUAUGUAUUAAAACAAAGUUCAUUUAUAAUUUAGUAUAGUUCAGAAUUGUUAAUUGAUCGUAGAUUAGAUUGCAAUUUUUCUUGUCAGUGAAUUUUGCUUCAAGCAAUGAUCUUCAUUCCAUGCAUCUUAACAAAUUCCAGAAUUAAAUAUUUAUCAUGCAAAUAAAAAUACUGCAGUAAUAGUUUGGAUUGGAUCACAAACUUGUAAUGUCAUUUGGUAAUUGACAAGCACAUCUUGUUUACAUUUCGCAGAAGAAAAGUGAUAAAAACCAUAUGCAUGUAAUAAUUUAUUUUUCUCAUUCAGGCCAGUAUUACUGGUCUCAAAGAUUCAUAGAUGGGCUGGAUUCUGCAGAGAAAUUGUAUUUAUAGACUUUUAGAAAUCUUGUUGCCUACCUAAUACAAGUGAAGAAAUGUUUAAAAGAAAAGGAGACAUACAAAUUGCAACAUUUAUCUUAAAUGUGAUUUGUAAACUAUUUCAUAACAAGAACAUACUGCCAUUUAUUUCUUCUCAAAAUCAUAUCACUGCCAUUCUCACCAAGUAAAGCAUUUUUAAGCUGUUCAAUUUGAAUUAUCUAACUGCAAAUGAGACUGUGAAUUAAUAUCUACGUAUGUAUAUAUAAAAUAUAUGUAUACAUGACUAAGCCUAUUUUACAAGGCUGAAAAUAACUGCCGUUUUAUUAAACAUAUAUUUAUUUGCCUUAGAAUGUCUAAUGGAAGGCAACAUGGGGAUCACAAAGUGUUAUUCACUCUUCUGGAAUUGUUACUUGUCAUGAGGUUGCAAACCAGGCAUGAUAUUUAAACAUGACUCAAAUGACAAAUUUCAAUAACUAUAGUAUGUUUUUUCACAAGUUAUUUCACUAGCAUUCAUUUGAAAUGUAACUGUUGAAGAAAAAAAGUUUCACUAAAAUUGUUGCAAAAUAUUUACAUUGCCUACAAACACUGUUCUACACACUAUCCAGUUGCCUUCCUGCAGUCCUUCAUAACACGAUUGCUGUAGGCUUUAUACUGUAUUUAUGAAAAUGUUUGCUGAUUUUUUUUAUUUUUUAGGGUUUAAUAUUUUUGUCAGAGUUGCUAGUUUUUGGGAUAUUAAACAUUUGUCUAAUAAAAACAAAUAAUGUAAUUUGCCUCAGUUUGUGUUGUUAAUUAAAUUUAAUGUGAAAGGAA